GUUUAGCAAAUGUGUCUCAAAUGCCGUCGGUACAAAAUGUCAGUUCUGUCGCCCCCGGAACAACAACAGCAACUAGUGCCUCCAUAAGUGCCCCUAGAGAACCGACACCUGCCAUAUCAACGCAUAACAUUUUUAGUUCAUCAAUUGAAGAGCCCUUAAGUCUGCCGCCGUUGGUGCCCGGUCCUAAUGCGAGAACCCAGCCACCACAAGCUAUAUCGUCUGAUAAUGAGAACCUGCAACGACAAAUUGAUAUCCUGCAAGCCCAGUUGGCAAACGCUCAACGUGCUUUAAGAGCAAAUCAAAAUUUAAAUAUGCCAAGUGUUAUUGGACAAAAUGCGCCAGUAAUUCAAAGUAUGAGCAGUGGCCCUGAAGACAUGGUUGAUCGUCGGAAUCCAACGCCAUAUUCCUAUGGUAGUCAGUCAGACCAGUUGAUGACAUCUCAGCCUCUUUUUGUUUCCCCUGCUACAGUGUCCAUGCCAGUACAACGCAAACUUUAUGAUCUGCCUGAAUUUUGUGGUACUGCCGAGGACUGGCCAAUGUUUUUGUCUGCCCUUGAACAUUCGACAGCCGCAUAUUCGUACAAUAAUUUUGAAAAUUGUUUGAGAUUGCAGAAGGCUUUGAAAGGUGAAGCCAGAGAGUGUGUGAAGUCGUUGCUCAUCCACCCAAAUAAUGUGCCAACAGUUAUAGAGCAAUUAAAGCUACAAUAUGGUCGCCCAGAGUUGCUUAUUCGAUGCCAGUUGCAACAGAUGAAGGAAGUUCAGCCCAUAGCAGAAAACGCGAUCGAUAAAUUGGUGCCAUAUUCCAUUAAGGUCAGAAAUUUAGCAGCAUUUUUGGAAUCUGCCAAUGGUCAUCAACAUUUGUCGAAUCCAACUCUGAUGGAGGAGUUAGUCCAGAAGCUUCCAAUGAGUAAACGUUUGGAUUGGGCCCAGUUUGCUUCAACUUUACCUCAGUUGCCGACUAUUUCGGAUUUUAGUACCUGGCUCCAGCGUGUUGCAAAUUUGGUAAGAAGUGUGCAAAUAAGUAGUUCAAGUGGCGGUAGAUCUAGCAGUGAUCCAAAAAGAAAAGUGGUUUUAUAUGCUUCUGAUGGCCCAGAACGGCAGUUAAAAUGUUUUUAUUGUGUUGGCCCACAUAAAAUUUUUAAUUGUAAGAAAUUUAUAGAAUUGAGUGUGCCUAAUAGAUGGAGUGAAGUGAAGAGAUUGAAGUUUUGUUUUUCGUGUCUCAGUGGUGGCCAUUCAUGUAAAGACUGUCGUCGGCGCAAGCAGUGUCCCAUGGAAAAGUGCCAAAGAAAUCACAAUAAAUUAUUGCAUGAAACUAAACCUAAUGAACCAAGCGAACGAUCCGUAAAUGUGCAGCCAACAGAGAGAUCUUCAACAGUCGAGCCAGUGCUUAGUUGUGUUUCCAGAGCUAGUGAAAAAAGUGAUUUGUUGUUCAGAGUGCUCCCAGUGGUUCUUUAUGGACCAAAUUGUUCUAUUGAAACUUAUGCACUCCUAGAUGAAGGUUCUUCGGUGACAAUGAUGGAUAGCUCUUUAGUGAGGCAGCUUGGACUGCAAGGUCGACAAAGUCAAUUGAAUUUGAGUUGGUAUGGUGGUAAAUCAGCACAAGAAGCUGUCAUGGUGGUGGAUCUUCAUGUGAGCGGUGUUAAUAAGAAGAGGAAAUACGCAUUGAAAAAUGUGUAUGGUGUCUCGAAUUUGAAGUUGCCUAGUCAGAGCUUUAAUGCGGAUUUAGUAAAGAAUUGUGGUGUUCCUUUAUACUCCUAUGAAUGUGUGGCUCCAAAGGUACUGAUUGGUUUAGAUCAUUGCCAUUUAGGAUUGCCCGAUGAAAUAGUCCCUUUGGAAGAUGCUGGUCCAUAUGCUGCCAAUACGCCUCUUGGAUGGGUUGUUUUUGGAAACGUGAAAAUAGGUCGCCCUGGAACACAAACUUGUUUGCUGACAACACAGUUGGAUAAUUUGAAUAAUUUGGUGGCAAGUUAUUUUGAAACAGAAAAUUUUGGUGUUAAGGCUCUACCGGUGAUUGAGUCAAGAGAUGAUUUGCGUGCACGAGAGAUAUUGAGAAAUUCGACGAAGAGGGUUCCCGGAAGAUUUGAAUCCAGACUACUAUGGUGUAAUGAUGACGUAGUCCUGCCGGAUAGCUAUUCCAUGGUACUUAAUCGAUUUUUUGGAUUGGAAAGGAAAAUGAAAAAUAAUGCGGAUUUUGGUGUGGCCUAUAAGAAAAUAAUAAGUGAAUAUUUGAAAAAAAAUUAUGUACGCAAAUUAUCAUUGAGUGAAGUUGAUACAUUUCAUCCGAGAACGUGGUACUUGCCCCACUUUGGUGUCGUUAACCCUAAUAAGCCAGGGAAAAUUCGUUUGGUGUUUGAUGCGGCAGCAAAGGUGGAAGGUGUCUCAUUGAAUUCAAAGUUAUUGAAAGGCCCUCAGCAGUACAAACCGUUGCCAUCCGUUUUGUUUAAUUUCAGAGUCGGUUCCGUAGCUGUAUGCGGAGAUAUAAAGGAAAUGUUUCAUCAAGUUGUUGUUGCUGAAGAAGACAGGUGUUCGCAGAGGUUCUUGUGGCGAGAUAAUGAAAGUGGUCCACCGGAAGUGUAUGAGAUGCUUGUGAUGACCUUUGGAGCUGCCUGUUCACCCUGUAUUGCCCAUUAUGUGAAGGAAGCAAAUGCAAUGGAGUAUCGGGAUCGUUUCCCUAGAGCCGUGAAGUCAAUUCUGGAUCAUCAUUAUGUAGAUGACUUUGUAGACAGUUUUGUUAAUCCGUCAAAAGCCAUUGAAAUUGCCGUACAAGUUCGUGAAAUACAUAAAGCUGCUGGGUUUGAAAUGCGUAAUUUUACAUCGAAUUCAUCAGAGGUGGUUGUGGCUCUCGAAGGCAGUUUAAAUCAUCAGGUCAGUUUCUUAGGUGGCUUAAAGGAGUUGGACGGUUCAACUGAAAAGGUUCUUGGCAUGCUUUGGGAUCCAAAGGAUGACGCGUUCAAAUUUGUUUUGAAAUUCCAUCGUGUGAAUUCGGACGUGAUCAAUGGUAAAAGUUGUCCCACAAAGCGUGAGUUGUUAUGUGUCGUAAUGUCCAUUUUUGAUCCAAUUGGUUUUUUGUGCCAUUUUAUGAUAACUGCCAAACUUUUGAUGAGAGAAGUCUGGAGACAUAGAGUACUUUGGGACGAGAUGUUGCCCGUGUCAUUACAAGCGAUGUGGAAUAAUUGGCGCCAAGAGCUAAGAAAUAUUGUCCAUGUAAAGGUUCCACGAUGGUAUUUUGGAAAUGGUUUGCCCUUGGAGUUAGAGCUGCAUGUUUUUGUUGAUGCCAGUGAAGAUGCCUUCGGUGCAGUGGCCUAUUGGAGAUAUACAACAUCUGAUGGACAAAUAGGAGUGUCGUUAUAUCUGCCAAGUCGAAAUGUGCCCCAUUGA